AUGUCUUCAGCCACAACCACGACAACAACCACGUUCACUCUCCCCGACACGACCCCCAGCAUCCCAGUAACCCACCCAUCCUCUCUCACCAAGGACCAACUCCUCAGUUUCCCCGCCUUCAAGACCUGGCUGAAUACCCUGCAAAGGAGUCUCUCACUACAGUACAGCUCUGCAACCCAUCCAUUCCACCAAUCCCCAUACUCUCUGAGAUCCAUCGAGGUCCAAUCCGUCGACUUUUUUUCCGGCCACCGCCUCGGCUUCCUCAAGCUGAAGGCCACCGUGACCAAUGACAAGGGAGAGUCCCUGCCCGGCUCGGUAUUCAUGCGAGGCGGGAGCGUCGCCAUGUUGAUAAUCUUGACCCCUUUGCCUUCGCGUUCUUCCGAGCAGUCGCUCCCAACGACCUCCAAGGCGCUGCCCGUUGCAGAAGAAGAAGAGUACGCGAUAUUGACGGUCCAGCCCCGGAUUCCGGCCGGAUCGCUCAACUUUGUCGAAUUGCCCGCGGGCAUGAUCGAUGACAGUGGCACGUUCGCGGGCGCAGCAGCCAAAGAGAUUCAAGAGGAAACCGGGCUCGAGAUCUCGAGCGACGAGCUCGUCGACAUGACGCAACUUGCGUCGUCGUCCACCGUCACUAGUACUGGUCCUGGUCCUCAGGAGGACACUCCGGAAGAGCAGCUCCAGUCGGCCAUCUACCCUUCCCCAGGCGGGUCCGACGAAUUCAUCCCCAUCUUCCUCGCCCGCAAGACCCUCCCGCGCCCGCAGAUCGAGACACUAAAGGGCAAGUUGACCGGCUUGAGGGACCACGGCGAGAAAAUCACGCUGCGCAUCGUGAGAUUGAACGAGGUGUGGAAGGUCGCGUGGAGAGAUGGGAAGACCUUGGCGGCCAUGGCGCUCUAUGAGGGCUUGAAGGGAGAAGGGAAGCUAUGA